CGACAGAGCGACGGCAGCCACAUGGAGCGGUCGGAGAUCGCGAAGAAGGUGAAGAACCUCUUGGGCAAGAGGGCGCGGGUUCGGAGCGUCGUGAAGAGCAAGGAGGCGCUUUCCGUGGGGGCGGCGCAGGCGAAGCUGGUCAAGCGCGUCUGCAGGGAAGUGGCGCGCAAGAAGGGCGCGGGAUUUGCUCUGCUGUUGGUCAUGGGGUUGACUGGCGCAGUGCAAGCCCGGAGGGCUUUGGUGAAGUUGCUCCUCACGGUUGCUGCGGCGUACUCGGUUGUGGUUCGCCUCCACAGGGGCUCCCAGGACAGCGAGGUGAUCGCAACCUUUCGAAAGGUGCUCCGCAAGGCGCACCCGGACAAGGGCGGGGCAGACGAGCACGCGAAGCAGCUGAACGCCGCGAAGGAGCGUUGGGACCAGGCCAAGAAACCGAGGGGCCGCCCGAAACGCGCAGAGCAGCCCGAGGCGCCUGCAGGGGCGGCCGCUGCUGACGGCGCGCCUGGCGAAACCUUCCAGGAUCUGAUCGUCCGGGAGGUCUCCAAGAAAGCCUACCGCAUCCAGUCCGCGGGCGUGCUGCUCACGUACUUCGGGGUGCAGGGCCUGCCGCAGUGGCGGCAGUUUCUGGCGCACGUGCGCUCGAAGCAGAAGGCACGGGACAAGCAGGCAGCGGAGAUCGAGGCAAGGACCGAGAGGCUCCGCGGGAACAAGGACCUCUUCCCGGGCUUCCCCACGGUGCCCGACGCUGUGGCGUGGCUAGAGCAGUUCAAGGCCCGUUGCGGCGCGCAAGCCAGACAGUACCACUGCCGCCCGCCCUCUGCCGGCAGCUGCGGCGCCUUCCGGGGCGUCUUCGGCGCGACCGUGGAAGGGGCGGGGGCAAGGGCGCUGUCCAGAGUUUGCGCUGGCGCGCCCACAGGCCACCCAGAGCGACAGAGCGACGGCAGCCACAUGGAGCGGUCGGAGAUCGCGAAGAAGGUGAAGAACCUCUUGGGCAAGAGGCCACGACCACGACACGUGGCGAACACGCACCGCCGGGCCACGGCGCGCCGCGGGCCCCUCAAGUACGAUUACAAAAAGUGCGGCAAGAAGCCGGACAAGGUGACAAAGGAGGUGGAGCGUUUCUUGGUGAAGAAGUUGAAGGAGUUGCGAUGCCGCACCGCAUGCACGUCGACUACGUUGCAAUUGCUUUUGGUUUCCGAAAUGAAAGUCAAGGUUACGGUGCGCUACGCGCGCAAGGUCCUCUCGAAGAAAGGCUUUCGCUGCUUACCCAAGAGGCAGAAGCGGUUAUACUCCAAGGAUCAGAGGAAAGCCCGCCUGACGUUUGCGAAGAAGGUCCUGAGGAUGACUUCGGCGGAGCUGAACACGGCUUUGGCAUGCGCCAUGGGCGGCGUCAUCCUCGAUGCCCCCGAAGGAUUUGCUCUGCUGUUGGUCAUGGGGUUGACUGGCGCAGUGCAAGCCCGGAGGGCUUUGGUGAAGUUGCUCCUCACGGUUGCUGCGGCGUACUCGGUUGUGGUUCGCCUCCACAGGGACUCCCAGGACAGCGAGGUGAUCGCAGCCUUUCGAAAGGUGCUCCGCAAGGCGCACCCGGACAAGGGCGGGGCAGACGAGCACGCGAAGCAGCUGAACGCCGCGAAGGAGCGUUGGGACCAGGCCAAGAAACCGAGGGGCCGCCCGAAACGCGCAGAGCAGCCCGAGGCGCCUGCAGGGGCGGCCGCUGCUGACGGCGCGCCUGGCGAAACCUUCCAGGAUCUGAUCGCCCGGGAGGUCUCCAAGAAAGCCUACCGCAUCCAGUCCGCGGGCGUGCUGCUCACGUACUUCGGGGUGCAGGGCCUGCCGCAGUGGCGGCAGUUUCUGGCGCACGUGCGCUCGAAGCAGAAGGCUUGGAAGGUGCGGUACUGGUGCGCGACGCUGGAGCGGACGAAGACGGGGCGUCUGCACGUCCACCUCAUGCUGCAGUUCACGCAACCUGUGGACAGCUUCCCAGGCUCAAGCCUUCCUGCCGCGCGGGCCACUGCGCGCGCGGGAGACGCGCCCCAGAUGCCAGUCGUCAGCGAGAUGCGGCAUCCCAAGGGCUUCAGCUUCCAGCAGGAGCGCAGGAUCGUACUUCUCCGCGAGGCCACCCAGAGCGACGGCAGCCACAUGGAGUGGUCGGAGAUCGCGAAGAAGGUGAAGAACCUCUUGGGCAAGAGGCCACGACCACGACACGUGGCGAACACGUGCCGCCGGGCCACGGCGCGCCGCGGGCCCCUCAAGUACGAUUACAAAAAGUGCGGCAAGAAGCCGGACAAGGUGACAAAGGAGGUGGAGCGUUUCUUGGUGAAGAAGCUGAAGGAGUUGCGAUGCCGCACCGCAUGCACGUCGACUACGUUGCAAUUGCUUUUGGCUUCCGAAAUGAAAGUCAAGGUUACGGUGCGCUACGUGCGCAAGGUCCUCUCGAAGAAAGGCUUUCGCUGGUUACCCAAGAGGCAGAAGCGGUUAUACUCCAAGGAUCAGAGGAAAGCCCGCCUGACGUUUGCGAAGAAGGUCCUGAGGAUGACUUCGGCGGAGCUGAACACGGCUUUGGCAUGCGCCAUGGACGGCGUCAUCCUUGCGAUGCCCCCGAAGGACGAGACCGAGCGGAUGAACUUCAGCAGGCACGGGGAAGAGUACAUGUGGCGAAAGAACACGGAGGCAUUCACCCCGAAGCUCUCUGGCGACGACGAGUACGGUGGCCAGGCCCCACUGGCUCGGGCAGUGCCCAUGUGGGCCGGCUGCGCCGCGGGCGGGCUAUCCAUUGUCGCGUUCCACCCCACGAAGAAGCUCUGCGGCGAGGACUGGGCGAAGAUCGUGAACCGGGGCGACCUCGUGAAGGCCGUGAAGUCGGUGAACCCGAAGAGGAAGAAGGGCCCGUGGUCCGUCCUCUGCGACAGCGAGUCUUUCUUGCGGGCGAAGGUCAGCAACGCCGCGGUGAAGGCGGCCGGGAUGGUGUUCUUGUCGAUGCUGCAGAUGUUGGGGUCGGAGUCGAAUGAAUAG